AAACACGAAGAUCCAAAUUUUGUACGAAAAGUUUGUAAAAAACAUUAACAGCUAGCUUUAAGCUUUUCGCAUUCCAAAUGCGAAUCGACAUUUUUAUGCUUCAACCAUGUAUAGUGAGGAUUUAAGAGCUAGAGUUAUAUUCUUAAAACACGGUCUAAGGCUUCGAGUCCCUGAUAUUAGUUUGGUUUUAAAUAUAUCGACAAGUACGGUGUAUCGAAUUMUAAAGAAAUUUUUACUGUCCGGUGAACUCAGCUGUGAAAAGGUUGGCAGGCCAGUUGGUGCAUCACUUCAUCAGUAUGAACAGUAUGUUUUGAUGGAAGCCAUUCUUGGAAACCCGGCAAUGACACUUCGAGAGAUCCAGUGCGAAAUCGAGCGGGCCACUGGGGGAUCGUAUCACCUGUCAACAGUGUGGAGAUACCUUAAAUGGUCGGGCAUGACUCGAAAAAAGCUACGAAAAGUUGCACUUCAAAGAAAUGAGGCACUUAGAGCUGCCUACAGGGCUGWGAUCUGUCUACAUGCACCAGAAAUGCUUGUUUUUAUCGACGAGAGUGGUUUUGAUGAAAGACUGCAAAGGCAWUAUGGAUAUGCCUUUCGAGGUUUGAGGGCUACAGUAUUUAGAUACUUUGUCCGAACGCYUCGAGUUUCGACUAUUGCUGCUAURUCACUAGAUGGACUAAUCUGCUUACGAUGCGUGAACGGAACAGUAAAUGGAAAUAGUUUCCUUGAUUUUGUCAACCAAGAUUUAGCACCGAUACUGUUACCCUAUAAUGGCAUUAAUCCGAACUCUGUUGUUGUCAUGGAUAACGCAGCAAUCCAUCACGUUCAGGCUGUCCAAAAUGCUAUUAGAAGAACAGGAGCCAGACUGAUUUACCUUCCCCCAUACAGCCCGGAUAUGAACCCAUUAGAAGAAGGGUUUAAUCAAGUAAAGGAUUGGAUAAAAUCAAAUGACAUCGUUUGGGCUGCACUUCAGGGUAUCCGAAAGAUUGCGAUGCUGCAUGAGGCCUUUUAUCAACUUACUUCAGAUGAUUGCUAUGGUUAUUUCCGCCAUGCAGAGUACGCAUAUUAAUCGGUGUAGAAUAUCAGCGUUAUUGUUUUGAAAAUACUAGGAAUUUUGAUAACUCAAACACCAGGAAUUUAUACAUGCAUAACACUGUAGGCCAAAAACUGAUAAAUGUUCGYGUUUACCGGGAGCCCGUGCUCGAUACGCGUGGCGCUUAAAUGUAUGGUGCCGCGAAAUAGUCUUUCRCGUCUGCGAAAAUCUUUUAUUCUUAUUAUUUUAAUAUCAAAAAAGCUUCAUUUUUUUUAUUCUUACUUGGGAGAAAUUGUUUUCUAAUGUUUGACCGAGUUUGAAAUGUGUUUGAACGAAUUCAAAACUUGGCCACACUUUAGAAAACAAUUACACACAUGUAUUUAUCGCCAUUGAGAACAAUAAUUUUGCGGCGCCAUACAUUAUAAACUAUUUCAUGAUGCAGAUUAAUAAACGCCGCGCGUAGCGAGAUUGGGCUUCCAGUGCGUUUACGCGUAAACGCAAGCAAGCGUAAUGUUCUGCAGUUUUCACUAUUGUUUCUUCAUUGUUAAAUGAACACUAGCUGGUGGUAUUGUUUAGUCAACACUCAUAGUAUGUAAUUAUAACAUGUGAAGAUUGGAUGUUUGCAUUCCAGCUAGAUAGAUUAAAACAUUCGGUUGCAUUCAAACAGUGUACGUGUUCGAAGUACAAAUUUAUUAAAUGUGUAAUUAAUAUCAACUUUUAAAGUAUGUAAUAAUAAAAAMGUUUUAAUACACCAAUUGUUAAUAGUUGGACUGAGAAUCUGUAGACUUGGUGUUGCUUGUUUUUGCCGUUUCGUUCAUUGCCACAGGCUUAGUUAGAAUAGCCGUUACUGUAAUAGAAGUGCGUAGUAUUUUCCUGAUUUUUCGAUACUUUUUGUUGAUCUUUUGGUCUGAGCAACCAACUUCAGAGCUAUAGUGAAGCUAACCAUCAAGCGUUCACGUAAUAUUUUAAAAAUACAGAAGUGGGACGUUUGUUGUAGUACGUGCUGAAAUUCUAAUCAGUAGCGUGUAUUAGAGUCAUCUCGAGUCGCUUUGAACAACUUUCUUGAAUGAUUAUUACUGUUUAAUCCAAACGCUGAUAGAUAAUGCGGGCGGAAUCGAUUGACAACCGAUCGUAAAUAAAGCAAACACACUGUUCAUAUAUCAAUCAGUUCUAAAACUCAAAAUAAAGAAAUAAUUCGAGCUUACUGUAGAGUUGUAAAGUGUAAACAAUAUUGCAGAUUAUUGGGAAAGUUUAAUGCAAUUAUACUAACAUUUUUAUGUCUUCCGUUGUAAAUUGCCUCAAUUCAACGUUAAAAGCUGAAAUUCGUUCGUGUGGUGUAUUUUUGGCGACUGACUUAUCCGUAGUUCUGAACAUUUUCUCGAUGUCAACCAUGAAUUAUUCUAGCAAACCCGCGUGU